AUGGGCGUGAUGACAAACAACAUGACAACGUCAUCCACAACAUGGAGCCGGUACCUCAUCGUGAGCCACAUGUUGAUGCCCAAGACCAAGGUCAUCAAGAUCAACCUCGGCGUGAUUUCCGAAAUCAUCCUCGCCAGAACCAACAUGGAAGAGGAGAUCCGCAACAUGCUCAAGAUGAAGUUCAUCCCCAUCCGGUCAACGUCGACCAAGACCACCGCAGCACGCACCUCGGCCGCCCCUGGCCGCAACCGUACAGGCCCCAGCGUCCGCCCGCCCGCAAAGCCCUGCUCGGCGCCGCCUCCCGCACUGGCCAGCAGCGCUCGCCCCAUCGCCGCGUGGCCCAGCCCGCCCUGGCCUUGCACCACCGCGUGCACGCUCAACAGCCCACGCCGCGCCGCCCACCACCAGCUUCCGCCCGCGCGCAGCAGGCCGCAUCAACGCCCGCACGCCUGGCUCCCUUCUUUCCGGCCGCUCGCCACACCCAGCCGCGCCGCUCGCACCUUGCCUCCUGCGCGCUGCCAACCACCAGCAAGCGCUCAACCGCCGUGGCCGACAGCCGCCGGCCAAGCCCCACGCUGCUCCUCAUCCACCUGGCCCGCCCGCCACCGGCCCAAGCCGCCUGCGCUCGUCCUCCCUCGACCCCGAGCCACCAGGCCACGCUGCAGCUCGGCCAGCCGCCGGCCGCUCCAAUCGCUCCACGCGCGCGACGCCGCCAAAGCCAUCCACCACGCGCAGCUCCGCCCCAACCUGCCCGCGCGUCCCGCUCACCUCGCCCAGGCUGCCAGGCACGUCCGCAAACCACGCCGUACCGCACCAGGCCGCCAGCAAGCCGCCGCGCGCCGCUCGCCCCAAGCACGGCCCGCCCCGGCUGCAAUUCAUCUCACACAGCGCUCAAUCCCACCAUCCUACUCGAUCCAAGCACUGCAGUACACUCUCGCGCAAGGCCAAUUACUCCAAUCGCUCAAGCACUACAGCAGCAAGCCUUGA